UGUCUCCUCUUAGACUGGCCUAAGGAUUGUGGCAUGGCCCACUUCAAGCCCAACAUGGCUGAGAGGAUUGUGUCUGGGAACGAGGCCAGACCUCACUCGUGGCCCUGGCAGGUCUCUCUGCAGGUUCGUCCCAGGGGAAGUAAACAUUACAUUCAUGUCUGUGGAGGAACUCUCAUCCACAAGAACUGGGUCCUUACUGCUGCUCACUGCUUCCAAAAAGGUAAAGCUGAGGAUGCUGGGAGUUGGAGGAUCGUCCUGGGGAAGCAUCAGCUGAAGCGCUCGGAGACCGCUGAGAGGAUUUUCCCGGUGAAGAGGAUCUACCGCCACGAGAACUUCCGUUACCCCAUGAACAGCGAACUGGAUUACGACAUCGCUCUGGUGAAGGCCGGCACAGACAUCUCCCCUUCAAACUUCAUCCGCUACGCCUGCCUGCCGCGCAAGCAGACCAGCCUCAAGCCGGGACACUACUGCUGGGUCACAGGCUGGGGAGACACCCGGGGUGGGAAGGAGAACGUGUCUCUGGCAGAAGCCUUGAAUCAAGCCCGUCUGCCCAUCAUUGACUUCAAGACAUGUCGACAGAAGAAGUUCUGGGGCGACCGCGUCCGAGACUCCAUGAUCUGCGCUGGGUUCAGAGACACCGAGGAUCCCCCCGCUGCAUGCCAGGGUGACUCUGGUGGUCCUCUGCUGUGCCAGCUGGGGCAGGACCGCUGGGAAGUGCACGGCGUGGUGAGCUUCGGCCCCAUCGGCUGCACUGUGGAGAACAAACCCAGCGUGUUCACCCGCACCGCCGCCUACAUCCCCUGGAUCGAGGCAACGCGCAUCAGGGACUUCUUCCUGCACUAAGCGGGACACCUGACUCAGCGCUGACAGCAAACAUAAGCUCCGCUCUGUGUUACGUCACCUCUCGGAUGUCUACAGAUUAAUACAAACCGUUUGUCUCCCUCUGUCCCAAACACCAUUUCUGGAACUAAUACAACCACUUCAAGAUGUAAAUACAUGUUCUGAAUGUGCAAUAAUCAUUUUCUAACUCAUAUUUUGCAGUAUACACUAUGCAAUGCUCUGAUUUUUGAACAGCAGAUAUUUGUGACAG